AUGACCCAGGCGUCAGGAGAGAGCGAGAGAAGAAAGUCACAUAACCACGAAAAUACCCAUCCACAGUCAGCCUUCAAGUUGGACUCGGUCUCCUGGGCUGCACCCCCGCACGCUACACACAUUAUCGCCCUUUCAAGCAAAAGUUUGAGGACGCAGCUUCUGUCACAGCUCCCGUGUGACACUCGGCAGGGGGAACACGGCCACCGCUUCCAGCUGCCGACACCGGUCCCCCAACCGCCGCCCCCCCGGGGGACAGCCGGCCCCGAUGUCCCCAGCCCCAGCUCUGCCUUACCUGGCCGUCCCGGGGGCCGCCGCCGAAGGAGCUCCGGCGGCGCGGAGAGAGGCGGAAGGAGGGAGGGAGAUCAGGUUGCCGGCGGAGGAAGCGGCGCGGGAGAGACGGACCCCGCAGCGGAGCCCCCUCUCCCGCCCCGGGCACCCUUCGUGCAGGUGCGGGGUGGCGAGGAGAUGGAGCAAGAAAGUGGCCCACAUCAACGGCCAGGAGCUGCCCAGAAACGUGGGGGUGAAAACCAGACCGAGCAGCCCCGCAGCCGCCACGGCGCCCUGCCCGCCGCCGCCGCCCCCGCCAGCCCCAAGCGCCUGCUGGGCGGCGGGCCCUCCCCGUCCCCCCCCGCCGCCUCCUCGCCCGACGGCCGCUGCCUCAGCCCCAGGGCCGCCGCCCGGCGGCCGCCCCUCUCUGAGGAGCCCGGCGGCGGCGCGGACGGCGAGGAGGGCAACAGCCUCCUGGACGACGCGGAGCUGGUCAGGCCGGAGGAGCUGGAGCGGUUGGCCGGCUGCGAGGAGGACGAGUCCGGCUGGCUAUAUACAUCCCCAAAGAAGAAACCAACUCCAGUGCAAAAAUCUGUCAGUCCAUUGAUUUGGUGCAGGCAGGUAAUGGAUUACCCAAGUCCUGACAUUGAAUCUGCUAAAAAGUCACUGAUCCACAGGCUGGAACAGACAAUGUUGGCUCUCAAGAGACAGAGCUUGUACAGCAGCCCCUUCAGCGCAGUCAGUUACGCGAGCUCCUACAGUCCAAACACCAGUAGCCCCUACAGCAGUGGUUUCAACUCUCCCUCCUCGACACCAGUGAAAUCCGCUUUAGCGAAACAGCUCAUACCUCCUGGUACCUCAGGUCAUCUCAAAAGUUCAGGAGAUAGAAAUCCUCCGCUCAGUCCACAGUCCUCUCUGGACAGUGAAUUAAGCGCAUCAGAGAUGGAUGAAGACUCUAUUGGGUCUAAUUACAAGCUAAAUGAUGUUACAGAUGUGCAAAUUUUAGCGCGAAUCCAGGAAGAAAGCCUCCGGCAAGAGUAUGCAGCCACCGCUUCUCGGCGUAGUUCUGGUUCAUCUUGCAACUCUACGAGGCGAGGCACCUUCAGCGACCAGGAGCUGGAUGCCCAGAGUUUGGAAGAUGAAGAGGAUGGCACGCAUCACACCGUGCACCCUGCCGUGAGCAGGUUCUCCCCGUCACCUCGCAGCUCUCCCUGGCCUUCACCAAAACAAUCUCCAAGGAACUCACCUCGCUCCCGAUCGCCCGCUCGAAGCAUAGAGUACAGCAGAGUGUCACCCCAACCCAUGAUCAGCCGUUUACAGCAACCUCGUCUUUCCCUUCAAGGCCACCCUACAGAUUUGCAGACUAGUAAUGUCAAAAAUGAAGAGAAACUAAGGCGUAGUCUUCCAAACCUGUCCAGGACAUCUAACAUACAAGCUGAGUCUGUGAAGAACAGCAGAAGUGACUCAAACUUCCAAGUGCCAAACGGAGGAAUACCUCGCAUUCAACCUCAAGCCUCAGCCACUCUGCAAAGGCAGAAAAAUUUGCCUCGUGCUGCCUUCAAAACCAAACAGUUUCUUCCAAGUCCAUCUGCAAAAGGAGUACCUUCUUCAAGUAAGUUCCGCUCACCUGCAGCGCCGUCCCCCCUGGCUCUCCGACAGCCCGUGAAGGCAUUCAGUAACCACGGACCCGCUUCGGUUGCUCCUCCAGAGGCAGCGCAGCUGACACACAGUACUUCUCUGCCGGGGCCUCUUGCAGCCCAGAGCUCAGGCCUGCCGAGCCCUGCCAGCAGCAUUAACACUACUACUCUUACCAGACCGGCAGGGACAGCGGGCAUGAGGAGUGGUUUGCCCAGACCCAGUGCCCCUUCCACGGGGGGCAUCCCAGUGCCUCGUAGCAAACUUGCACAGCCUGUUCGCAGAUCAUUACCCGCUCCCAAAACCUAUGGCAACGUGAAAGACGAGAGUUGGAAAGAUGGCUGCUACUGAACUGCAGAGCUUAACGCAGAGUUCCAGUGCUCACGGAUGCUUCCUCACCAGGCUAAAAACAGCUUGAUUAUACAAACUGUUCAGAUGUGACUUUUGGAAUUUGUAAAAAUUCCAAACCUCUCUGUCUCUAAUUAGCACAAACUGGCAGAGAUUACAAAGCAGCACUUUAAUGACAUCUAACAUCAGAUGUUUGGUGGUUAUACAAUCACUUCUACAUUAAAUUGCUAUCAGUUCUGGGUUGGUUUUUUUGUUCUUGCUUGCUAAAAACGUAUCAAUAUGAGCAUUUAUGACAGUGGCCAAUGUCUGGGCAAAAACCUAACGAAUGCCAAAGAAAUGCCCAUCUUGAAAUACAGCAAGUAUAACAGUCAACUUACAUUGUCCAAAACUUCAUUUUCAGCCUUUUUUAAUUCAGCAGAAAGAUUGGUGAGUAUGUACUAUUGAAACAAGACUAGGUUGAUCAGAGCUGAUACUCUGAUUGCAGACUGCUACAGCGGUAGUGAAACGAUUGUGUGAGAUUCUCGUUGGGGAAAGUGGUACGUACAUCCUUCAGAACCAAUCAGAAGUUACCCUGGAGGAUUAGGCAGAACAGUAAGUAGUAGCCAUGGCUUUUAUUAACAUUAAAGGUUUGAAUGUAGCAGACACAUGCAAAUGCAAUAGUAGAGAUUGCAUCUUUCCUAUGUUGAUUUAUCAGCUUUACGUGCUCUUACAUGUUUGAUCGCCAAAAGGGCUUAGUAUCAGUUGUACAAUCUUUCUAACCUUAAAGUUCCUGGCUCAGGAAAGAUGGCCUUUGCUACUGUAGCCACAUUUUUAACACAUGGCUCGCUAUUUGGGGAAAAAAACUUUUUUUUUAUAGCAGGUUUCCUUACAAAGGAAAGAGCAAGUCGUAAUGUUAAUUUGUUGUAAUACCAUACCACUAUGCUUGCAGCCUGGAGCAACUGUAACUGCUGAUAGUUAAGGAGAAGGAAACACAACUAUGCACUUGUAACAUACAAAUUUUAAGGUAAUGAGUUGACUCUUGAUGCCAAAUGAUAUUCAUUUAGGUGAUGUUCCAUGGUAUGAGGGAGUUUUCUGUAUCCUAUUUUUUUACUUUCAUCCAUUUCUUAAAUUGGUUUAUUUUAAAUUGUAAAUAUUUUUACAGAAGAUAUUGCCCAUGUAAGUGUGUUUAAAUAUGUACUUUGCCUUACAUAUGUGUAUCUCACAGUACUGGUAACAGAGUAUGAAACCUGCUAUGUCUGUUUACAAGCUAUUAAAUUCCUCUGGUGGCUCUGACUCAUUCUAACACAUUUUGCUCUGAACAACUCAUUCAUAUAUUUAGCAUUUGAACCAUUGUUUUCUCACUUGGAAGACAUCAUGCAAACCUAUGUAACUAAAGUUUUAUUGGGUGGGACUAGUUAAAUGGAAGGGAUUUUGUUUGAAGCUUUUUCAGUAUUUUGGAUGUACAGUUGAUGAAGUAAGAGAAUGUGAAUGGUAUCUCCUUUGUGCAAUGACUGACGAAACACUACAAGUUGGAUGGGACGGUAGGUAGCCUUCAACCCCGUUAGUAUCUGAGUUUGGAACUGCUGGUGUCUUUUGGCUCCCACCACUAAGAGGAUAACUAACCCUGAAAUUCUAGCACUUGAAUUUUAGGCCAGCAUUAACAUAUUCCUGGAUGAAAAGCCAUGCAAUACUACUUGACUUGGAAGAAGCCAAAUAGGAAGGAGUGGAGACUAAUUUGCAGCUCUAAUGACUCAAGCAGACUUUGGGUCGAUGAACGACAUCGCGCUCCAGACCAAGAUCUGUGCCGAGACUUCGAAGUCGGGGUAUCAAAUAUACUGUAAUUCAGUAAGAUUUCAGCAGGGAUAAAGAAACUGCCUUGCACCAGUAGAGCAGUACAUACCACUGGUCUGGCCUCGUGUCACCCACUGGCACAGGUAACGCGUGUCAGUGUCUCGUGUCACUUUCAAGCAGAAGAGAGGACUAGAUCAAACGCGCACAUUCUCUCACUAAAGCCUGAAUUGUAACAUUUCAGCAUUUUACAAAGCAAUGCUGAAUGCUGUAGUCUUCAUUCAAAAAAAAAAAAAAAAAAAGAAAAAUUUUAAUUGGUGGAUUU